AUGGAGACUUCUUCGGUUGCACGUGGUUCCAAAACCAGAAAAGCCUGUGAUCUAUGUCGCGUUCGAAAGAUUCGCUGUGAUCGGGCUCAACCUGCCUGUGAGAAUUGUCAUCUGGCAGGACUACCUUGUAUAUUCACGCCUCCACUCAACCAGGAGCGAAAAGACCUCCGACAGGAACUCGCCGAUACACAGGCGCGGGUGCGAGAGCUCGAAGAUGCUUUAAAUCUUGCAACUCAAAGUUCUUCUCAUGAAAAUUCUUCUCAGUUGACAGCAUCCACUUUGUCUGGCAGAGGUGUUGAUCCUGCAUCUACAAGCCAGAUACCCUUCACAAGCUCCGUCAUCCCUGACACCCGCUCCCUGGAGGCCGCCGUAGCAACAUUCAAAUGGCACAUUGCCAAUUGCGGGCUUGGGAGUCCUCUUUCAAGUGCAAGAGCAGCCUUUAGCUCAUCAGUUCACCAACAGACUGGCCACAAGUUUGACUUGGAUGAACUUCUAUUUGAAGUGGCCCACUCGUUUGAGGCUCAGGGGUUCAGAUCCAACAAGAGACUGACAACUUCUCAAUGGCCGCCGCGGCACCUCGUGCAAAGCUGCAUUGAUUACUAUGCAAAAAGUGGAUUAUAUUCUAUGUUUCCUUUUGCGGACGUGGAAGCGUUGCAAAUUCUCCUCAAUGCGGAUGUAUUGAGUCGUCCACAAGCGACCCGUGCUGCUAAUAUUGCCUGCUUGGCUGCCUUCACUGCCAAUAUUGCUCAGAUGCACCGCCAUGAACCAAGUCUAGCCAAUGCUGAUCCAGACUCUUACGCCCAAGCAGCUCUCGGGCUUAUCCCUGCGAUUCUGAUGGAGACACCCGAUCUCAGGACCUUAGAGGCCGUGAUCAUGUUAGCCAUAUACAUUGCCCCAAUUGGCCAGACGCAGUCAAUAGAUCUAUUGUUGGGAAUUGCUAUACAGACAGUCUAUAGCCUAGGUGGGCACCGGAUACAAGCCACCCCCGGAACCCCCAGUCGGUCUCAGGAGAACCAGCACCUGCGGGCGUUGUUCUGGCUUUGCUAUGGCAUGGAUAGCGAAUUAUGCAUCCGCAAAGGCCAGCCUCAGUUGAUCAAUGAAGCUCACUGUGACAUGGACUUACCUGUCAACUACGCUUUGAAGUCGAAGGAACAUCACUUUUAUUGGAAGCCCUUGUCAUCGAAAGAGCUUCUCUAUCCAUCGGAUCUGCGAUUGAACUUGAUCAAAACAAGGAUACAAACCAUGCUGUAUUCCGAGAAGAAUGCCCCCAACUCUGAAGCAAGACGACUCCAGCUUAUCCGCGAAUUGGAUAACGAAUUGAGCAAAUUGCGAUCGGAGUUCCCGGUGGAAUGCCGUCCUGACCUAUUUGCCACCGAGGGUGCCCCGAAUUAUUUGUUCCACGAUCUCAGCAUCCGCGGCGUCAGCAUUCAUCUGGAGUAUUACUACUGCCUAGGCAAAAUCCACGGAUCUAACAACUCUUACAACAUCCCCGUCUCGAAUUCUGGACCACCACUGCUGUCCAGCACAGAGAUUACUUAUGAGGCAGCGCGGUGCACCUUGAUCUAUAUUGGUCGAGUACGACAUUACAUUAAUUAUCAUACAUUCUGGAUACAUGCCCACUUCUUGCUCACUGCUGUCAUCACACUCUUUCGGUUCCUGAUCACGGCCCCUACAGCCCCAACCUUUGCUCGAGACCUUCGAAUCAUAGACGACACCGCCCAGAUCUUUGCUCAGUUUACAGUAUCUGAUGACCCUGAGAGAAAUUGUUUCCCACCAUUUUAUAUCACCUAUCAUUUUGUCAAAAGGUUGUCCUUUUUGGCUCAUGAAUCACAAAUUAGAUCCAUGACGGAACGAAGGUGCUGA